AUGGCGGACAACACAAACACCAAUCCCUUCGAUUGCGAUGUGGAUCCAGAAAUAAUCAUAGAAGAGCAGUUAGAUGACACAGAGAAUGACAUAGUGCCAAUGGAGCCGUCUGAAUCAUCAUGGGACUCGAUUGCACAUAAAUUAUUGAGGGAGAAUUUUAUGCUUACGGCGUUAGAGUUCCAUACAGAAUUGAUCGAGUCCGGGAGAGAACUUCCACGUUUGAGAGACUAUUUCUCAAACCCAGGAAAUUUUGAGAGAACUCGCGAUGACCUGACCUCACCCGGUUUGCCAAGAACCUCCAGCAUUCAGACAUUUGAUUCGCUUGACUUUGCAAGGUACUCUGAUGAUGGAGCUGGUCAGGUGGAUGAACGAGUCGCAGUGCUUGAGUUUGAGCUACGAAAGGCACAGGAAACAAUAAAGUCACUCCGAGCCAGCCUAACUAAGGAAGCAGAAAAUGAAUGUACAGAAAAUGUGACAGAAGGAUUUACACAGAUGGGUAAGGAUGAUCCAAUACGACCCCUGGACAAGCGAGCUCUUAAUUAUCUAGUGAACGAGUAUCUCCUGAUGAACAACUACAAACUCACUUCAGUUACAUUCAGCGAAGAAAAUGAGGAUCAGGAUUUUGAAGACUGGGAUGAUGUUGGAUUGAACAUUCCAAGACCUCCAGACCUCUUACAUUUAUACAAGGACUAUGGAAGUCAUGUUACACAGGAAGUAGAAACAAGCAAUGUGGAAUGCUGGGUAAAUCUGGAAGAAGAUCGUAUUGGAGAACUAGAACAAGAAUGGAUCACAGUGAAGGAACAGUUGGAUUUCCAGAUCAAAGAACUUGAGGACCAAGUAAUAUUGAUACAGACAGAGAAAGUAGAUCUAGAGCACCAGCUAUCAGAAAUGUCCAGACAGAUGAUCCUGACAGGAUGUGUAGCCUUCGCCCAACAUGUGGGACAAGCACGUCUCAUGGAGGAGCUCCUUCCUCAGUGUUGGGAACAGAUCAGCCACAAGUAUGCAGAAAGGAGGAUACUUGUGGCGGAGGCGUGCGGAGCCCUAGCUUCCUACCUACCUAAUGAAAUCCUGAGCUCACUAGUGCUGUCUAUGCUGCAACAGAUGCUGAGUGAUGAUAAGGAUGAGGAAGUUCGGGAGGCAGUGGUCAGGAGUCUCGGUCUUCUCUUCGGCUUUAUCUGUGAUACAGACAAAUUUUCUCAGGGGUUUGAGCUGUUGCAGACGGCAUUAAAGGACAACUCUGAGCGGGUGAUCACCGCAGCACAACAAGUCUUCCUUCCUGCGUUUGCUGUCUGGGCACAGGAACUUGACAAGUUGGAACACAAUUUGAUAAAUACCAUCCUUAAGGAUCUGGAAGAACUAUGUGCACUAGCAGCUCAGAAGGCGUCCAACAGUGUGACGAUACCGCUGAACGAGGGACGCUUCCUCCUGCUCAUGAUGGCGCUUCAGGAACUGGUGCCCUUCCUAUUUAUAUCAAUGAUCAAAUCCGCCCCGUUUGUUAGCAAGCUGAGUGAGGUGUUAGGUUCUGCAGAACCAGUGGAUGCUUCAAGGUUUCCAAAACCAAGCUCAUCAUUAUCAGAUCUGAAAACCGUAGUGGGAGGUGGACGAGAGUUGUCUGCCCUUAUGAGCCUCUACGAGAACCACAUAUCUCAGGAAUGGUUUGAACCAUGGGACAACUUUAACUGGGUUGUAAAUAAUCUAAUCCCACGUCUGAUUGAGAUCUCCAUGGGUGCUGGACUGUCAGCCCCUCGUAUCACCACAUGUCAGUGUAAAUGCUUCUUUAAAAUUUGUCGGACAUUUGGCAAAAAAUUCACAGAGAAGAAGAUCCGACCAAAAUUCAUUGAACUAAUGAUGCUAACAGAUGAACAUGUAGAAUACCAGGCAUACGCCAAUGCCAAACAGACGUCGGUGACAACGUGUAUUGUACCGGUGUACGCUGGUGGCGUCCUCAGCGCAUUCAAUAGUGAGGAGGACCGACAGCAGUUGACUCAGUUUUUACAGGAGAUGCUGACAAUGGUGUCGGUGUACCAGGCCCCCCUCGACAGCCUCAAGGCAGCUUUUACAGAGAUUAGUGCAAAUCCUAGUAACCAUGAGUUACUGUUGACUGUGUUAUGGGAAGGUGUAGUUCACACGUCAGCUCAGGUGCGGAGUACAGCAGCUCGUCUUUUUGAGCUGUUGGUGAAGGGAGUUGGUGAGAACCUUGUGUCUACUCGAGUCUUUCCUGCCUUGGUCACUCUUGGCAAUGACCCAGAAAUCUCUGUGAGAACGUCAACCAUUCCAGCUUUAGGUGCAAUAAUAGAAAACAUCAAUCUAAGGGAGAUGUUAGAUCGUGUGUACAUGCAGUUUCUGACCUUUAUGGAUGACCCUGCGUAUAAAGACGAACACAACAUACAGACAGAACUGAUUCGCACUCUAGCCCGCGUCGGACCGAAUGCAGAGCCUCGCUUUAGAGAUGAAUUCAUCCUACCUAGAUUGGCAGCCAUGGCAUCAGCAAACAACAACCUGACGACGGAGGGUCGUAAGCGUGACAUCGCCCUGCUACUGUUUGAGGCUUACAGUGCUAUGUCCUGUUGUUUUAUUAAUGACCAGCUCGUCCAGGAGGCCAUGGUGCCUGGCCUACGAUGCCUCAAACAGGAUGUGGCACAAAUCGCUCCCGAACAUGAGGAGGUAGUUUCAUCCAUGAUCAAAGACUAUGAAUCAAAGAUGGAGUCUGGGAGGCCAGCAGAUAGGAGCUUCACCCCAUCGUCAGCCUACUCCAUGGCAGGCACAACACCUAUGUCUUCUGAGGACAUGAAGACACGCAUGAUGUCACGUAUCAAAGAUACAACGUCCAAAGCCAAUCUCUCUACCAUCUUCACCAGGAAAAAGUAGUCCAGUAUCCAAACCAAGGAGACAACUUCUUUAACCAAAUCUGUCUGUCUUUUCACCAGGAAAAUGUAAUCAAUCAUCUAAACCAAGAAGACAACUUCUAUAACCAAAUCUGUCUUGUCUUCUUCACCAGGAAAAAGUAAUCAAGUAUCCACAGCAAGGAUAUAAUCCUAACUUCUCCACACCAUAUUCACCAGGAAAAAGUAGCCAAGUGUCCAAAAGAACCUCUACACUUACAGAUGAAUGGAAUUGGUCGUUUUAUUUAUAAAAGAAUAAAAAAAAUUAUAACAUAAAUGUAGACCUUACACCAUAAUUCCAUAAAUACAUAUAUAUACAUAUAUAUAUAUAUUGUCAUAAUUAUACAAAUAAUGAAGGAAUAGAUAUAUGUGAUUUUUUUUCAUAAAGCAUUAGUACUGUUUAGCCUGUUUCCAAGGAACUUCAUCAUCAGUUAGAAUUGAUGGAGGUCAAAGGUUACAGCUGUAGUCAGUGUCAAUCAUGUGUCCAGCAUUUGAUAGAUAAAGAUCAUAAGUAGAAUUAUUUUUACUGAAGAAAAAAAUCAUGUGUAGCUGUUUAUGUUCUUCCUCAAGCAUUAGUUUGGACCUAUAUAUUACACCCUAAUUCUGAACUACAGUUAACAUGGUUAUUUCC